AUGAACAACGCAGCCUUCGUUUAUCUGCUCAUCCACUUUGUGUCGUUCGUCUGUGCCACUUCCACCUCCUUACCAUACACUCCCUCCUACAUCUUUGCGUCACCUCAACACAACAAUUCGCUCGUCUAUCUACUUCUAUCCGACUCGCUUACCGAGAAUAAGACGGUGUUCCUCUCCCUGGAUGUCUCCGGCCACUUCAACGCUACAAACACCCAGUAUUCGGUUCUGCUCGAGAAGACUCCGUUUUCCACUACUGGCCAUGGAGAGGCUGCCAUUGUACCCGUGAUGGACGGGCAGGGGGUCAUCAAGGUCUAUGCAGGAGACUGUCAGACCACUCCCAGUGAGGGUUCAGUCUGGCAGUUUGUCUCUGAUAACAACAGUUCGAUUGGCAAUGGGACAUGGGAUGAACUCUCGGUGGCGCUAGCACAGAAUGGUUCUCUCAACGACAAUCUUGAAAGCUCCAAGUAUAUGGCUGCAGGAUUCGCUUAUGCGUCUACCGAUACUAAUUUCAGCUCCAUCUACACCUUUGGUGGAAUGUGUCCGUUCAGCACUGGCUCGGAUUACGAAGACUCGAUGAUCUACUCUCAGUCAAUGGUCCUUGUUGAACCCAUUGGCUCUUCCGCUAAUAUUACAUACGAAGCGCAGCUGACUGCCGAACGAGCACCACCAUCUCCCCAGGCAGGCUUCACCAUCACUCCACUUCUGGGCACUUCGGUGGCUACUUCGGCAGGCGGCGUCCUACAACAACAAAACUUCCUCUUGAUUGGCGGCCACGACCACGAUGACUUCAUCGACAUGUUUCAGCUAGCAUUAUUUUCCCUCCCACAAGGCAGCUGGAGUUUCGUCGAUGUUGGCUGGAAUCCAGACUCGGGCACACCCGGAAAUGCUGCGCAAAAGAAUGCAGUCGUCCAGCCAAGAUCUGGCCACACUGCUGUCCUUUCUCCAGAUGGCACCAAGGUGGUUAUCUUCGGCGGCUGGAUUGGUGAUACUGGUACUGCUGCCGAGCCUCAGCUCGCCAUUUUGGAUGUAGGGAAAGGCUAUGGUGGUUCGGGACAAUGGGCCUGGAAUGUGCCGCCUCUGAAUGGCUCAGGACUGCCAGGUGUAGCCGGGAUUUUCGGGCAUGGCGCGACAAUGUUACCUGGAGGCGUAAUGAUGAUCGCAGGGGGUUACACUAUACCACCACCAACCUCUUCGAAGCGUCCCACAUCUCAGCCGCAAUUGAACUCUCAGGUCUUCUUGUACAAUAUCACAUCCAACACCUGGACCACGUCGUACGCUAAUCCAAGCCAGCAAACAUCAAAGGUAUCAAAGGAUAGCCCCGGUCAACUUUCUUCCGCAUCAAAGGCUGGGCUAGGGGUUGGCAUUGGGGUGGGGGUUCCCGCCGUCGCAGCCAUUGCGGUAUUUGCAUGGUUUAACAUCUGGAAACGACGAGCACAUCGGACGAGGGAUAGCGUAAUUCGCGACCUAGCUCUAGGAGCCGAACGAUCUCACUUCUGGGAUGAUCCUAACAUGUCGAGCAGCUUCUGUAUAAGGGGACAAAGUGCCUGGAAUCCUGCUCGAGAUAGCCUCUAUCCCUGGGCUGGCAAUCAAGGUAAUGAAGGAGAUCUCAGUUGGCGGGAUCAUGGAGAAGCAACUGCAGAAAAUACAGGUCUGCUGAGACCAACAGCAGACAGCAGGCAGACCGUGAACGUGAAACCCCACCGGCAAUACAGCGGUUCCAGGACGAGGGAAGUCCCUGACGGAAUCCAUACCAUUGACGAGCGUGAUGAAGACGAAACGAACGUGAGGGAGAGUCUGAUCACCGAACCCCAGCAAACAGGUCAGCAAAACGGUGGACUACAUGACACGUCCGGUCUCCUUUUAGAACCACAAGCUGUUGCAGACUUGGAAAAUCCUCGCGACCAUUCCGGAGCCGGCUCACAGAAUGGAGAUGGAAGCCACUUUCCAGUUAAAAGUGAUCGUACAACAUCCGACUUAUCUGAAAGUUCAACGACUUCAUUUUCGGAGAGAUCCACAUUCAGUGCCCAUAACUUUCGAGUUGAAGACUUCAAAAGGCAUCCUGACUUUUCAAGAGGUAUGCUUUCAACCAAAGAGCAGCUGACGCCCCCAUCUACAAGCGGCAGUAAUACCAGCAACGGAAUGAGUUCUGCUGAGAAGUAUCGUUCAGCCGAUAUCUUUUCCACUGCUCGCACUACGUUCUUGUUACGACAGGCGGAAAGAGAAUCCCUCCUUGGAACAGCUCACGAUUCUCCAACCUCGCCCGAGUCACCCUCGAAGAAUAAACCCGACGCCACGAAACAAAAGGCGUACGGGUUAAUUGGAAGUGUUCGGAGAGCCAUCAACGAUUCUCUAAGGAAGACACCCUCCUGGAGAUCACCUAGUGCUGCGCCUGUGAUGUCAAGCAUCGACCGAAGCCCCACAGUUUUCAUAUCAUCCUCGUCUUACGGGUCAACACUCCCCCGAAGAGCCGUCAGUGCUUCUGCAGAGCUUUACAGACGCAAACAAGGGGCGAAAGAUUGGGAUGCAACCAAUAACAAUGAAAGCAAAAACACCAAUAGGCGACAACACAACAUUCUCGCAUCCCACACUCUAAUUCCAAGGUCCAUUCCCGGUGAGUCUAUAUUAGAUGGGCUCUACUCGCUGGCCAGCGAUGAUGAUGGCGAAGACUGGGAUGUCGAGGCCGCCGCCGAAGGACGGCGGGUACAAGUGACGUUUACCGUCCCCAAGGAGAAGCUGAGAGUGGUAAAUGCAACCGCUAGGGACAUGGAUGAUUUCUCGGAGAAAUCGCCGAGUAGGAGAACCAGUGCAGGGGCCCAGUCUAUAAGCAGAUAG